AUGCCGCCUCUUUUCGGCGUUUGGGCUUCGGGGCACCGCGCAAAGCCCCGGUUCCUCCCGUUCUUCAGGGGGCGGCCGUUGGAAUCCGAAGUUCUCCUCGGGAAAGGUUGCGGGGGGCGGGACCGGGAACGCCGCGCGGCGCCGGGGUUCACUUCGGCGGCAGUUGCUUUCUCAUUUUUCUACCUAGCUGGGCGUCCCCCGGGGGGUGGUGGUGGAUUCGGAGGGGCGAUGGGUUACGACGGCUUUGCCAACGCCCCCUUUGUGGGAAUGGGGUCUCGCUGCCGGGGCCCGGCGCUUACCUUGAUACCCCCGAACGGUGGAAAGCACGGAGCCGCAACAACGGCCCCAGGCCGAGGAUCAAACCCCCCAAACCCAAGAUUCCCUGUUUUCGGGGCCGCCGGCGGGCCUGGGCACAACCGGAGCCCGGAAAAAGCCAAUGGCAACCGCCGGGGCGGCGCCACAAAGAACCCUCAUUUUUUUUUCGCGCAAGCAGGAAAAAAUCGAAGAAUGGGGGCAGGAGGUGUUUGCGGGCGGUCCCUCGGCACGCCGCUUCUUCUUCGGAAGGAAAAAAAAAAAGGGGGUCGCCCGUGCGCGCCUUGGGGUUUUCCGGAACCCUCUUAUGCGCUCGGAUCUUGCCUUCCCCACUGA